AUGCUGCCCUUCCCUCAACAAGUCACCGCUGUCAUCCUCCCAUCCGAGGUGCAGCCCAUCCAUACCAAGCGCCUCAUUCUCCGUCCCCUCCAAGAUGGAGACGCUGCUGGGAUCUUUGCCAUUCGCUCUCGUCCAGAAACGGUGAAUUUCCUCUUCCCCAAAAUACCUGAAUCAAGUAUCGAGCAAACAAGAGCCUGGAUGACCAAGAAGAUCAUCACGGACCCAGAUGCGUCUGGUGCAACAGGUCGACACUUUGAAUUUGUUCUCAUCCAGAGAGAUGAUCCCGAAGAGCAGAUUGUCGGGGUUGUCGGGGUGAAUGGAUUGGUCCCGGCACCCUCGGUGGGAUACGGUGUCCAUCCUGAUUUCUGGGGGAGGGGAUAUGCUGGCGAAGCCUUGCAGGGCCUCAUCAAGGCAUGGUGGGAGCUUCCACGGAAGGAUAAUAUCGUACAGGAUGAUGGCGUUAAAGAGAAGCUGUAUGCGGCUUCCAACUGUGACAACGUGGGCAGUAUCAAAGUGUUGCGGAAGAACGGAUUCCAGAUAUACGACAAAGUGCCGAUGGAGGGAGAAACUGUUGCGAUGAUGUAUCUCGUGAAGCCAGAAUUGUAG